AUGUCUUUCCUCAAACCAAUCCCAGAACCCGCGACCGAGCUCGGCCGUUACCGCAUCCUGUCCAGCAAUGCAGGCGUCAAGGUCUCCCCUCUUGUUCUCGGGGCCAUGUCCCUUGGAAAGGCUUGGGGUGCUGUCACCGGGGCCGUAGACGAGCAAGAGUCGUUCAAGAUACUGGACACAUUCGUGGAGGCUGGCGGGAACUUUAUCGACACGGCAAACAACUACCAGGACGAGGAGUCCGAGACAUACAUCGGCAACUGGUUGACUGCCAGGAAGAACCGUGAUCUGCUCUUCCUGGCGACCAAGUUCACCAAUGCGUUCCGAUCACACGAACUUGGGCCCGGCCGCUCCGUCAACUUCGGCGGUAACAAUAAGAAAUCUCUCUUCCUGUCCGUCGAGGCUUCCCUGCGGAAGCUACAAACCACCUACAUCGACCUGCUCUACGUCCACUGGUGGGACUGGUCGACAUCCAUUGAGGAGCUCAUGGACUCGCUCCACAUCUUGGUCGAGCAGGGCAAGGUCCUAUACCUCGGCGUCUCCGACACGCCGGCAUGGGUCGUCGCGGCCGCCAACACGUACGCCAGGGCCCAGGGAAAGACGCCCUUCUCGGUCUACCAGGGCCGCUGGAGCGUCCUGGACCGCGACUUUGAGCGCGACAUCCUCCCGAUGGCCCGCCAUUUCGGCCUGGCCCUGUGCCCGUGGAACGUGCUGGGAGGCGGCGAGCUCAAGACCGAGAGGCAGAUCGAGGCGCGCAAGUCGUCCCGGGAGGGCGGCCGCUUCACGGGGCAGAGCGAGGCCGCGCGCAAGGCCAGCGAGGCGCUGGAGAAGGUGGCUGGCGAGCACGGCGUCGGCAGCAUCCAGCAGAUCGCCCUCGCGUACGUCCUCAGGAAGUCCCGCAACGUCUUCCCGCUGGUCGGGUUCCGCAAGGUCGAGCACCUCCAGGACGGCAUCGAGGCGCUGCGCGUCCGCCUGACCGACGACCAGGUCAAGUUCAUCGAGAGCCAGAACCCGUUCGACGUGGGGUUCCCCCUGAAUUUUGUUGGCGACAACCCUAGGGAGACCGGUGGCUACGGUCCCUUGCCCGAGAUGCUUCUUGCCGCCAAGGUUUCCUUCGAGAAACCAGCUAAGCCCGCUGGCUAUGAAUAA